AAACCAUGUAGCAAAAAUCCAUCAAUUUGGUACAUAGAAGGUUCAAAUUUCCUGAAAUAGAGGGCUCCAACAAAUCAAAUCGCUCAAAAGGCUCACCAACUUCAAGCAGAAAUAAUACAAGUUAGGAAAGAGAUCUCUCAAUUGAUGGUGGAAAUUCAAUCUAAGUGUUUAAAAUAAGAAAUCUUCAAGUUUCUGAAAGAAGUGAAACUCCCAAAGAAGAUAAAAUUUUUAGCAUGAGCAAGAGUACUCGGCUCAGAAGUAGAUAAGAACCAAAUGAAGAUUAUACUGAACACAAUUAAUAGGAAUUGAUUUUGCCAAAAAUUUAUUCUCCAAUUAUAACUCCUAGUAAAACUGUUGUUUCCAAAAUGAAAGGAUCUAUAUUUAAACCCCUUCUAAAUAGACAAGAAAGUAUUGAUCAUCUAAUAAAUAUCAAAUUAUAACCUAAAAUUCAUGAUUAAUUAAAAAAAGGAGUAAAUAUUAAAUGCUUGUAUUUAUCAUAGCGAACAGAUGUCUAAAUAAACAAAAUCAUUGUUUUAAAUUUUGAUAGUAUUUAUAAAUAUCAAUAAAGGUUUAUUGCUUAGAAAAAGAAAAUCCUUUUGGGAACAGCAAAAUGAGAUAACAAUGUGUUCGUAAUUAAUUGGAUCAAAAUGUGAUAAUUCUUAUUGCGCUUGUGUAUUAUCAAAGGAAUUGAAAUCUACAUUAUUUACGUAAGUUAAGUGGAAUAUUUAGAUUAUCAAAAUAAUUUUACAUAGUCUUUCUUUUUGAAUGUUCAAUCAGAGGUUAAGUGUGGUAAUAAUAUCUAAUUGAAAGUGGAUUCCCAAUAGAUGCUAUCUACAGCAUAUAGUAAAUAAGACUAACUGGUGGGGGAAUUAAAAUGAAAUAAAUAAUUUCUAACUUUGGAAGCUCUGAUAUCAAACUGCUAUUAUAUUUUGGGACUAUUGAUUGUGAAUCCGAAAAACUUAAUAUUCCUUAAGAGUAAUUUUAUUAUCAAAUACCGAUUGUUCAAGCCAAAAUCAGUUUAUAAAUAUACUUGUUAUAAUUGCAAAAAUCGAAAUCCUUAGAUUCCAAACUAUUAUUUGAAAUUUGUAUGCUUAAUUGCGGCAGGUCUGAAAAUUUCAACUUUAAAAGACAUAUUUCUGUAGUUAAUUAUGACCUAGAUCCAAUAAUAAAAUAAAUGAUUUAAAUGGAGGAAGAGGAUUUCAUUCAGAAUCAUAUUUACAAAAAUUUGUACUUAUACAUAAUAAUCUUAAUAGAAAGUAAGAUGAAGAAGAUUAGGUCCAAACUGAAGAGGAAGAAGAGUAAGAAGAGGAUGUUGAUUAAAAAAAUGCAUUAUUGAUUUGGUUAUACCAAACUAAAAAGUUGCUUUUGGAUUAUUUUAAAAGUCUAAAUAAUGAGGAUUAAACUUAAAAUCCAAUUAGCAUGAUAGGGGAUGUCCUUAGAAGAAAUACAGCGAUCCAAUAGAAUUAUAUGUUUGAAGAUUACGAGAAACAGGCAAAACGAUAUAAAUUGUACAAAGAACUAUAAGCGUCAACUACAGCCUAAACUAUUUGUAGAAAAUAAAUUUAAAUUGAUUGUCUAAUUAUCUAUGAUUGA